GCACGGGGCCGGAGAGCUACAGCGUGGCGGUGUGCAACCGGGGACCGGGGGCCUUAGAGUUCCAUCCCAGCCGCCUGGUGCCGAAAGACGGGCCAGGCGGGCCGAAGCUGAAGCUUCUGGCGACCCUGCGCUUCGAGCAGGUGCCGAGGGCCCGCGCCUGCGACCCGGGCUUCUGGGCACUGGCUUUCGCGCAGUGGGUGCCCGGGGCCACGGAGUACCACCGCGCCGAGGUGCUUUACGACGUGCUGCUGCCUUGGCUGGCGGGUGGCCGGAUCAGUGAGUGCCUAGCAACCGAAGCGCGGUUUAGCCGGGUCUGGCGCACUCCCUGUAGGUCCAACACUGCCUGCAUGAAGAACUUGCUGGAGGCGCUGCGGCUGCUGACUCGGAGCGCUCCGUGGCGCCCGCUGCUGGCGGCGCUUCGGCGCGAGGCGCUGGUGCUGGCGGCGGAGGAGCUGGCUUUGCAGCCGCUGGCUUCGCCGCAGGCGACGGCGGCGCUGGGCGUCCUGGAGCCCUACAGCAGCAAGCUGCGGCUGGAGCAGUUGCCGGCGAAGCCGGCGCCCACCUGCAAGGUCAUUGCGCUCUUCUUCUCCGUUCCCGGCAAUGUGUCGGACGAGGUGCACAGGCGCCUGUCAAAGCUGGUCACCGACGUGUGGGACGCCCACGGUGGCGGCGCGCUGCUGGUCUGCGAGUGCCCGUUGGGCGAAGGCCCGGCACGGGAAUGGGCGGUCUGCGGCGACGCGGGGCUGGCGCGGGCCUACGGCCUGGAGGCCGCCCAGGAGCCCAAGGUGCUGCUCUUCCGCGCCGACGGCCGGAUGCUGACGGAGGAGGGCCUCCAGACGCUGGUGCGGGAUCCGACUGGCAAGGACUUCCCCUGGGACCCCGCAGGCCUGGCGGCCUCGGACGUGGCGCUGCUGCGCUUCGGCUGCCGAUCCGUGGCGCUGCGGCGCAAGGACGCUGCGGAGCUGGGCCGCGUGGCCAAGGCCGUCCACGUGCUCGCCGUAGAAGCGCCGCUUCCGGAGGAGAGGCGCGACCUCAGCUGGCGCCUGCCCGGCGCCUGCGACGCCUCGAGCGCCGCGCUGGCGCGGGGGGAGCUGCUGAAAGCCGCGGAGGUGGAGCACUUUGCAGGGGAGGCCGAGCCGCCGCACAGCACAGGCUUUGUGGACUUCAUGCUGCCGCAGGUGGAGAAUGCUCGCCAGGCUGUGGCGAUGUUGUGCCAUGCGGCGGAGGUUGCAAAAUCCUCAGUGCGCCGCUCCAGGGAGGCCUCGGUCUCCCAGCGCCUGGUGCUGGAGAUGGAGACCAUCGCCUUCGUCUCCUCCGUGGUGCUGGAUGUCUUGCCUCCGCCUGAUCCAGAUGGAGGCCUUUGGAGCACUGAGAUCAGCGUGGAGGGGGCCAACUCGGAGCAGCGCCAGGGCUUGCGGGCGCUGCUGGACCUGGCGCUGCUCUACGCGCACUGCUGGCAGGGCCUGGAGGCCGCGGAGCGCGGCGCGGAGUCGGAGCGGUGCCUGGCGGCGGCCAAGCUGCUCUGCGCCUUCGAUGCCCUGCUGCGGCGCCGCGGCGGCUCGGUGCUGGCGGAGUUGCUCUUUGAGGAGUCCUGCUCGGUGCACCUGGGCCUCUGCGGGGACCAAAGGAGCCUGGAGACCGUGCUGCAGCGACUGGAGCUUUUGGAGCCCCGGUGGCUGCUGCAGCGCCGGGGGGUGCUGCGGUACCUGGCCGCCAGGGAGCGGGGCUGCCAGCGGCGGAUCUUCGAGCUGCGGCAGCUGGGCACGGCCUUCGAGGUGAGGAAAUACUCCGCCACCAUGAACCUGUUGCGCAAGGUGCUGGAGCGACUCGGCCUGGAGCUGAUGCCGCGCAACGGGAUGAUGAGCGAGAUGGAGGCUUUGGGCGGCUGGCUCUUUGGUCGGGGCGCGCAGCUGGGGGACACCUGUCCUGAGCUGUACUGGCUGCGGGACAUGGCGGCGCUCUUCAAGUUCCUGGGCACCAUGGAGCCCCGCACCGCGGAGCUGCUGCGGAAGAGGAGGGACACCAACGAGUACCAGUUUUGGCGCCUCACCUUCGACGCGGAGAGCUCGGUGCGCCCGGGCUACGGCUUUGGCUUCGAGGUGCCGGCGAUCUUCUGGGAAGUCCAGGGCGUGCGGGGCCAUGAUCAGGACAUCGCAGACGUCACCGCCACAGCCUUCGGUCGAGAACUCACCCUGGGCGAAGGCUUGGUGGUGCAGAGCCCCGCGGACGUGGGGAAGCUUCUGCAGCGGCCGAGCUGUACGGAGGAGGAUGUGCUCCAUGCGCCUGAGCUGCCCACCUUUGAGGAGACACUCAGCCCUGAUGAGGCGGAGUCGCUGAUGAGCUUCCUCACGGUGCCCUACCUGCAGCUCCCGCUGGUGCUGGAUUUCUUCGCCUCUCAGGACCGCGCCAGCUAUCUCUUCAACCCCCAGCUGCAGCGCUUGCUGCGGGCCGUGCUCUUUGAGCCCCGCGCCUUCCAGGAGUCGGGCGUGGGCGCGAACCUGGUGCCGGCGCAGAAGGGCGAGGGCGAAGCGGAGAAGCUAUUCGGGACCUCCUGGGGGCUGUUGCUGUCGGACCUUUGCCACGCCCCCUCAUCCAUCCUGGACCCUUUGCGGCGGAUCCUGGGCGCAGUGUCCGAGCUGGCCAACGCGGAGGCCAACAGCUCAGAAGCGCCCUUUCUGCUCUUCGGUUUGGAGCUGGCGAGCGACCUCUUGCGAUUUGUGGAGUUUGCGAACGAACUGCAGGGCUCCAGCGUUCUGCGCGAGGGCAGCGCCUGGCUCCGAAGCUUCCUCCAGCAGCUGCACGGCACCGUGCAGCGCUGGCCAGGAUCCGCGGCGGCGGGCUACUGCGCGCUGCACGGCUUCGACAGCGGUCAGUUUGCUGAGGCGAUGGCCAGCUGGUGCGCGGUGAGGACCUGGCACCACUUCGGCUGCCACGAGACGGAGGAGGCGGGGCUGACGGCGAACCAGCGGCUCAAGCGCUUUCUGCAAGCCCAGGGCAUCGACACUGGUCGCACCAGCGAGGAGAUGCUGAAUCAGUUCACACGCCAGGACGGCCUCUAUCGCCCAGUGUUCCUGCGGGUGGGCCAGCAGACGCUGCGCGUGCCCAACUUCGGGCACAGGCGCAACGAGGCAGGGCAAACGGGUGUGCCUGAGGCGCGCCUCUUCCGCGCCCUGCAGGUGCACCGCAGCAAGAUCCUGGCCGCCUUUCUGGCAGCCCCAGAGCACCUGACUCCGGUGGCCCAGGCGGGGCUGCGCGCGGAGCCCGCGGAGCUCGUGGCGCUGCAGUGGGCGCACAAGGGCGCAGGGGUCUUCGUGGCGGACGAGCUGCAGCUGAGCGUGCAGACGGGCGAGCUCCUUUGGCGCGAAGAUGGGCUGAAGCCGCUGCCUGACUCCAUGACCCGCUUUGAGGACUUCGAGACCAUCUUCGGCGACGCCUCGCUGCAGUGCGGCGUCGUGUCCCGCACUCGGCACCGGCUCUGGGUGCACCUGGUGGGCAAGGGCUUCGACCUCCUCGAGUGGGACGCAGCGCCGCAGGCGGCCUUCAAGCAAGGCGCUUUGGGACCAGAGGACAUGCCUGCGGCGCCCUGCGCGCGGUGCGGGGGCACCGCGGGCUGCUGGCAGUGCGAGCGCUGCACCAUGAUCAACUGCCGGGCGGAGGGCGGUCAAUCCAGCUGCAUCGCCUGCGGCGGCCCAGCACCUGGGGAGGAGUCCAAUGGGAACGCGCACGGGAUGCCUGGGCCUUUCCUCCGAGGCGCACAGCGGCGGGUCAAGGUGAAGCCGGUCUCCGAGUGCGCCUUCCUGGGGCAGCGGUACUGCCGGGUGUUGGACGUCUACGAGGAGUCCACCCUUCCGGAGCCGGAGAGGUGGCUGCUGGAGGUCUUGGCCCCGGUGGUGCUGACGCUCUUCCCAGCGGAUCCCCCGGACCGCAAGCUGCGGUACCAGCUGCUGCUCCCAGAGCAAACUCAGACGGGGGACGAGAUCCGAGUGCUGGGCUUUGACCAGGGAGAAGACCCCGAGAAGCAGGAGCAGGGUGUGGCUGUGGCGAGCUCUGAGGAGAAAUCUUCAGCGGCGACCUGGAAGGAAAUCUUGGUCUCCAAAACCCACCGCUCCGUGAGCGUCUUCAACUUGGUGCCUUUCUGCCGGCGCUUCUAUCGGUGUUUGGUCUUCAGCUCGCGCGGUGCUUUGGCGCUGCACAACUUGCCCUUGGACACCCCGGAGGCUCAAAAGCUGCUGGGUGCCGGAGGCAGCUUCAAGGAGAUGAGGAAGCAGGAGGGGUCACUGUGCAUCCGGCGCCUCAACAAGGAGCUGGGGCUGGGGGAGAGCUACAUCUCCCCGCGGCUGCUGCGGGGGGUGGUGCCUUCCGCCCUGCUGGAGAGCUACAGCUUUUGGGAUGGCGAGGAUGGCAUCAUCCGGGGCGUGCCCAGCAAUGAGCACUCCAGCUACUUCGCCAAGAAGCUCUUGGUGGAGCUCGAAGGCGAGAAGUUCCGCGUGCGGCGGCUGGCCGGCGCCUUCCCGGCGCUGCGCCGGGAGCAGCGGCGCAGCACGCUGGCGCGGCCCGCGCGGAGCGCGAAGCCGCAGUCCAAGGUCCAGGAGGCGGAGGUGCGGCAGCUCUCCGAGCUGGGCUUCCCCAUGGCCGCCUGCCGCCUCGCGCUGGAGACCUGCGGCGACGCCGGGCGCGCCGCCGAGUGGCUCUUCGACGAAGGCAACACCGGCGCCAUCUUUGCGGCGGUUGAGACAGAAGCGGAUGGCCAGGAGAUGGCCGUAGUUCCCGCCGAGGAGGGGCCCAGCGCCAUGGAGCUGGACGAGCCUGCGAGCACCGAGGCCUGGAGCUUGCUGGACCUGCUUUCUGCAGCCGAAGGCUCCGAGUUGGCUGGGUUGACCGAGCUGCUGGUGCGAGUGGAGGACCUUUCGCACAUCCUCGCUUGGGCGCAAGAGGAGGGUGGCGUCAAGAUCGCUAGCAUCGAGUUGCCGCGUCUGAAGCUGACCCUGCAGCCCACGGAGGGCGGCCUCGAGGUCAAAGACGCCGGGGGAUGGUUCGUGAAGUCGGUGGCGAAGGGCGAGGCUGCGGAGCCGGCGCUGUCGCAGCUCUUGGCGGGGCUGCAGCAGGCCUUGCUGUUGGAGAACGCCGCGGGUGAUCUCAGGGUGCUUCUGCCGAACCACGAUGUCACGCGGCCUGUGGUGAACGGCGAGCCCUUCGGCACUCAACUCCUCUUCAACCGCUCCUCCUUUGGUUGGCAGGAGGCCAUGGACAGCCCCUACUACCUCUAUCCGGUGCAUGCCACGCAUGCCUACAUGCAGGCCACGAGCCUCGCCGCGGGGCUCUACUUGGCGCUGCUGCGCCUCAUGCUGCGGGACUACGCCGCCAGCUCCGCGGAGCUGGAGAACUGCUGGACAGACGUGCCGCUGCUGGCCGAAGAGCAAUGGGUCUUCAACCAGUUCGGAGGGAGCCUCCAGGAUCGGCACCCGGACGCGCACGCGGUGCGCUGCAAGCUGGCGCUGUGCACGGCCUUCGUGGAAGACGUGGUGCUGCCGUUCGAGCUCCACGUGGAAAUGGAUGAGUACCUGGCCAAGCGUGGGCACGUGAGCCGCGGGCUUUGGCUGAGUGAGGAGGAGGAGCUGCAGCUUCUGCGGCGCUGCAAGUCCUCCACGAGACGGGUCAAGGCCCGGCUGGAGCUUCUGGGGGCCAAAGCCAGGGGCCAGCAGAGCGUAGUUCUGCGAGCCUCUCCCGCGCAACAUGGAGGACAGCCUUGGAGCCGCUUGAACGCGCAGUCGCGGCAAGUGCUGGGCCAGGGCAGCCGCCUGCGGCGCCUGCAGUUCAGGCACCCGGCCCUUCCGGAGAACGCACCGCAGACGGCUGAGUGGCCUGAGCAGGUGGAGGGGGAGGCUUUGAUGAAGAUCAUUUGGAGCGACGAGCUGCUGCAGGACGAUGAGAGCGGCGUCAACCGACAGCUCGGCUUUGUGUUCCUCUACAUGGUGCUACUGGGGCAGCUGUCCCUGAAGCUCUGCGGCCUGGACGUGAGCGGAUCGUUGGGGCCGCUGCUGGCGCGCGUCUUCCACUUGAAGCUGGCCAGGUGGGGCAAGGAGCUGGUGGAGGAGGGUGAGUCCGAACCGCAGGUGUCGCGGGCCAUGGCCACUCUGGCGAUGAUGGUGAGGGGCCAAGGUGCCGGCUGGCCGCCGCUGCCCAGCGCACAGCGAGCGCAGCUUGCAGCUGGGUUGAACCUCUACGAUGCCCAGGGUCGAGAGAGCCCGUUGAAGCAUUGGCUGGACACGGUGGACCGGAUCUUCCAGCAGAGCCUCGCGGAGGCAGCUCCACCCCGGCCGCCCGGCGAGGAGUGGGCACCUGCAAGUACAGUGCAGCUGCCGAACCUUCGCGAGCCAGUGCUGCUGCGGCGAGCGAAGGACGAGACCUGCAGCAGUCGUCAGCUGCCCCCUCCGCUGGCCACUUUGGCAAAAGGGGAGAUCCUGGCGACGCUCCAGCUGCAGCGCUUCGUAUCCUUGCAGGAGGCGCUGCCUGUGGAAGGCACCUCCCCUUUCGAUCUGGCAGGCCACGUGGGUGCACGCAGCCUGGUGGCGCAAGAUCUGCUGCGGCGGCUCAAGGAGGACUGCGCGAGGUACGGGGAGAUGCUGUCGCAGAGGCGUAGGCCAGUGCUAUCUGCGGACCCCGCAGCGCUGGCUGAGUUGGAGGAGGCACUUCGAAGGAGCGCAGAGGAGGACUAUGCAGAGCUGCGCAGUGCCACGGGAGAGCUGCAGGAGAAGGCCAAUUUUCUGCGCGACGGGCAGGACGAGAUCUUCGACUUUGAGCUGCAAAGGGACCUGUGCCGCCUAGAGGAGCGAGUGAGCUUCGCGUAUGCAAUGAGCUGCAUCACCUCGGCUCAUGCGCAGGAGGAGCUGUUGAGGCUGAACCCUUUCGCCUCUGACACGGACUUGGUGCUUUCGCUGUCGCUCAAGGUGGCGCUGCUGUCGCAGCGGCUGCUGCAGUCUCGGCGCGCAGCGCAGCUCUGCCGCGCCGCGCGGCGGAACUCCGCGGAGAGCCCUGAGGCCGGGCUGGAGCUGCGGCAGCAGUGCGCGCAGCUGGCGGAGCUGCUGUGUGAGCAGAGGUGCUACCUGCAGGAUGCCCGCGGCUUCGAUCCCCGCUACCUGAUUUUCGAGUUCAUGCAGCAGAUUGUGCUCCGUCCACGGCAAGUGGAGAUGGUGGACUGGUUCAUGAAGAGCCACCGGGAGGGCGAGAGCCGGGUGCAGCAGAUGAUCAUGGGCGCGGGCAAAACCACGGUCGUGGGCCCUUUGCUCUCGCUGAUGCUGGCCAGCCCGGAAGUCUUGGUCACCCAGGUGAUGCCCAGCCCGCUGCUGGACCAGACGCGGCAGAUCUUGCGCGCCUGCUUCGCCCGUCUGUUGCCCAAGCGCAUCGUGACCUUCCAGUUCGACCGGCAAGUGGAAGACUGCCCCGAGACCGUCAUGAAGCUGUAUACAAAGUUGGAGGCCUGCCGCCGCGCUGGGGGCAUUGUGUGCAGUUCUCCGGAGGCCAUCAAGUCCAUGAUGCUGAAGCUCAUCGAGCAGCUCCACGCGCUCAGCAGCUACGACUUCUCUCAACUCGCGCCAGGCACUUCGGCGUGA